UUUGAUAAGAGGGGACAAAGUUUCUUCAGAAAUGAACCGGAGUUCCUUAGUAAGAACUUCAGUGUCUUUUAUACACAGGUGCCUGGAGAACUGGGGAGUCCUUGCCAUUCCAAGCCACCCUGUGCUGGUAAUUCCUCUCAGAAACUUGUACGAACUUGUUUUUGACUGACAGUGAACAGUAAGACUGUUUCUUCACUUUGAAAAACCCUCAGCACCUACCUUUCCAAGGCACCCUGGAUCACUUCCUUGCCUGGUCUUAAUUUCCCGCCCAUCCAGGAGCCUGCACUGGGCACUCCGCAGAAAACAAACGGUGUACCACAGAGCAAAUGCUAAACCAAAUUCAUGCCCUGUGUCUUUCUUGGCUGGCGGUAGGAGGGGACAAUCCUGACUCGAGGACUUCAGUGAAGGCCAUAGCAGAGCCCCAUGGUAGCCAGGUGGGAGAAGGGGAGCGAGGACGCGCCACUUGCCCUGCAGAAGAUUCCUGACCUACAGAGUGGUUCAAAGAUGGAUGCCAUUCACCUUGGCAUGUCCAGUGCCCCACUGGUGAAGCACACCAACGGGGUUGGACUCAAGGCCCACAGACCCCGAGUCAUGUCGAAGAGUGGGCACAGCAAUGUGAGAAUCGAUAAGGUAGACGGAAUCUAUUUGCUCUACCUCCAGGACUUGUGGACAACCGUCAUCGACAUGAAGUGGCGAUACAAGCUCACCCUAUUUGCUGCCACCUUUGUGAUGACCUGGUUUCUGUUUGGAGUGGUCUACUAUGCCAUAGCCUUUAUUCAUGGUGACUUACAACUUGGGGUAUCUAAUUCCAACCACACACCCUGCAUUAUGAAAGUGGACUCUCUCACAGGAGCAUUCCUCUUUUCCUUGGAAUCUCAGACAACCAUUGGCUAUGGGGUCCGUUCCAUCACAGAGGAGUGUCCCCAUGCUAUCUUCCUCUUAGUCGCCCAACUGGUCAUCACCACCUUGAUUGAGAUCUUCAUUACGGGGACCUUUCUGGCCAAAAUUGCAAGACCCAAAAAGCGAGCCGAGACCAUUAAGUUCAGCCACUGUGCCGUCAUCAGCAAGCAGAAUGGAAAGCUAUGCCUGGUCAUCCAGGUGGCCAACAUGAGGAAGAGUCUCCUGAUUCAGUGCCAGCUCUCUGGAAAACUCCUGCAGACACACGUCACCAAAGAGGGAGAGCGCAUUCUCCUCAACCAGGCCACUGUCAAAUUCCACGUGGACUCCUCUUCCGAGAGUCCCUUCCUCAUCCUGCCCAUGACCUUCUACCAUGUGUUGGAUGAGACAAGCCCCCUGCGGGACCUCACACCCCAGAACCUAAAGGAGAAGGAGUUUGAGCUGGUGGUGCUUCUCAACGCCACGGUGGAGUCUACCAGCGCCGUCUGCCAGAGCCGAACGUCUUACAUCCCGGAGGAGAUCUACUGGGGCUUUGAGUUUGUGCCUGUGGUUUCUCUCUCCAAAAAUGGAAAGUAUGUGGCUGAUUUCAGUCAAUUUGAGCAGAUCAGGAAGAGCCCGGAUUGUACCUUCUACUGUGCCGAUUCUGAGAAGCAGAAGCUUGAAGAACAGUACAGGCAAGAGGACCAGAGGGAGCGGGAGCUGAGGAGCCUCCUGCUACAGCAGAGCAAUGUCUGACUCUGCCGGCCUCUGGGCAUCUCCUAACCAGGGCUCCUCUCAAAAGCAAUGGCUGCCAUGAACACGGGAUGGGUGGCCCCGCUACCAAAUCACACAGACGUGCAUGGCCAUCUUCCCCUUUGUUCUGAUGGCUAAACAUGCAUUUCUGAAUAUAAAAAGAUAUCUUCAGAGUGCCUGGUCAGAGAUGAACACUCAAAUUCAGAUUUCCCCCCACCCCUAAAAUGGAGCUAUACAUUGAAGAACUGAGUGUAGGAAGAUGGAGAGAAUUUCCCGCUGGAGGGCAGACACAGCAGUGCUGACAGUGGAUGGCAUGUAUGUCUAUUCAAGAACAUCUGCUCAUAAUGCAAAGUAUUUAUUUAACCCACCUAACAAGGGCAUUGGUGGCUGAGGUCUGAGGUGUAAUUCACUAUUUGCUCAUAGCACUGCUUAAGAACGCACUCCUUCUCAUGUUCAAGUGCAUACGUUUUUAUUUGCAAUGACGGUUAUCUGGAUAUGACCAAAAAAAAAAAAGUUGGGAAAGCAGGGACUUAAAGCUUGCAGAAUAAUACAGCCAUUUUAUUUUUACAUUCUUCCAUAGACUUUGUGUGGAGCGAACAUCCUCAAAUCAGGAAUCAAGAGUUCAGAAAAUAUGUCCAUCUCUUGAUUCUGUGGUCCCCAUCACUUCUGGAGGAAGAAUGUACUAGCCUCUUUUUCCUUUAAAAUGUCCUUCACAGACAAGCCAAAUAGCACCAUUUAGGGACAUAUUGGCAACACGCACAGCUGGGUUUCAGCCAGGCUUCCAGAAACCUCAAUGUUGCAGGCUCUGAGUAAUGUUUGCAAUGUCAUCUGUCUAGAUCCACAUUGGAAAAAAGGAGCGUGUGCAUUCCGAGUCCAUGUGCCCUCCAGGUCUGCCCUCUUCCAGCGUUAUCAGUCAACACAUCCAUCUCUCAGCUAUCUCAGCUUUUCCCUGGGAACAUACCUUAGCCACAAAGAAAUUGCACAGAGUUACUAAUGCCUUAAGAAUGAGACAGUUCCCUGAGAGCUGUGACUGUCGUCAUUGUGUUAAUUCAUGGACUGAAGACUACAGUCACCACAAAAGAAAACUGAAACCGUGUCACAAAUAGGAAGUCUGCAUUAGAUGCUGCAGUUUGCAGCUCAUGACACAGAGAAGAGGAGCCAAGGGGGAGAGGUGUCUGUGAACAAGAAGAGCCCUUGAGCAAGGACCUAGACAAAUAUGUAGUACAACUCAGUGUUACAGGGGUAACAUUUUACCUCUGAAAAAUAUAGGAGUAUAAUGCCUGCAUUUCCUUGGGAAAGAGAAUUAAGCAGGCUAGGAUUGACUGAAUAGAUAAGCGCUGUGUGCUCAUUUUAUCUGGACAAACUAGAAAUUCACUCAAGUGCCAUGUAACCAUGAAUGUGUAGGCAAUACACACACACACACACACACACACACACACACACACACACGUUCCUCAUACAAUAUGCCAGAGUGUGCUCUGGCUCUGCAAACACAAUACCAGGCAUGUGGGGUCAGAGGUCUCACUAAGAAAGUCUACCAAGUUAUCCUCAUGCUUAUCUGAUUCUUUAAGAAAAAUGAACAUUUGGGCCCAGAGAAACUGGGGAGACUUGAGCUGGAUGUAGCUGUUAGUGUGAACAACUGCACACCCCGUCAUAACCGUGAGAGGCCACAUUCACACUGUCUUUCCUUCAAACAACAACAAAAUGUGGAAAUAAAAUCUUUGGGUUGGAACCGAGCUAAUGUAGUGAGAGCCUGAGACCCAUGGAAGAAAAGUUUGCAGAACGAUUUCUAUUAAGGAAGAUUUAGGGCUGGAGAAAUGGCUUGGUCGGUAAGGGCUACAGCUCAAAUGCCUAACACCCUUGUAAAAUGCCAGGGAGGAGUUCAUAAGCCUAUAACUGCAGGAUCAUGGGGAGCUGAGACAGGGGGAUCACUGCAACUUACUGGGUACCAGAGAGCUCCAGGCUCAGUAAGACACCCUGUCUUAGGAGAAUAAGGCAGAUAAAGGAAAGUGACCUAUUCCUCUGGCCUCUAGACACAUGCAUGCUCUCCCCACCCCACAUACCAAUCUGUCUGUCUGUCUCUGUCUCUCUCUUUCCCUCUCUCUCCCUGUCUCUUUC